AUGCGGGCGGCAGUGUGUGGCAGCGAGCUGUUCUGGAGACCACUGCGGCGGAAGCGCCGCAAAUGGCGGAAGCCCGCAGAUAGGACGAGGCAGCGCCGGUGUACCUACAGCUCUCGGCAGCGGCAGCGGCAGCCAGCUGAGGCAGAGGAGGCGUGGGGCAGCCAGCCGGCUAUCCAGCCAGUGCAGUGCAGGGUGCGUGACCGGCCAGCGCACCGCGGCAGUUUUGAAGUCUGGCAACCAGGUUUGAGGUCUGGCAACCAGUUUGGAGGUCUUGGCAACCAGUUUGGAGGUCUUGGCAACCAGUUUGGAGGUCUUGGCAACCAGUUUGGAGGUCUUGGCAACCAGUUUGGAGGUCGUGGCAACCAGUUUGGAGGUCUUGGCAACCAGUUUGGAGGUCUUGGCAACCAGUUUGGAGGUCUUGGCAACCAGUUUGGAGGUCGUGGCAACCAGUUUGGAGGUCUUGGCAACCAGUUUGGAGGUCUUGGCAACCAGUUUGGAGGUCUUGGCAACCAGUUUGGAGGUCUUGGCAACCAGUUUGGAGGUCUUGGCAACCAGUUUGGAGGUCGUGGCAACCAGUUUGGAGGUCUUGGCAACCAGUUUGGAGGUCUUGGCAACCAGUUUGGAGGUCUUGGCAACCAGUUUGGAGGUCUUGGCAACCAGUUUGGAGGUCGUGGCAACCAGUUUGGAGGUCGUGGCAACCAGUUUGGAGGUCUUGGCAACCAGUUUGGAGGUCUUGGCAACCAGUUUGGAGGUCUUGGCAACCAGUUUGGAGGUCUUGGCAACCAGUUUGGAGGUCGUGGCAACCAGUUUGGAGGUCUUGGCAACCAGUUUGGAGGUCGUGGCAACCAGUUUGGAGGUCUUGGCAACCAGUUUGGAGGUCUUGGCAACCAGUUUGGAGGUCUUGGCAACCAGUUUGGAGGUCGUGGCAACCAGUUUGGAGGUCGUGGCAACCAGUUUGGAGGUCUUGGCAACCAGUUUGGAGGUCUUGGCAACCAGUUUGGAGGUCUUGGCAACCAGUUUCGAGGUCUUGACAACCAGUCUUUUGAGGUCGUGACAACCAGUCUUUUGAGGUCGUGA